GAGACAGAAGAGGAAGAGAAGCAAGGGGGGAUGGGCUUAUUACUUUCAUUUAAAGUAAAGAAAAUACAGAAGUGAGAAGUUUAGCAGACACCCUCACCCAAAACACACAGAGAGAGAGAAACAGGAGGAGAAACAGAAAGACAAGACUAGAAAGUAGGUAAAGGACUACAUGCAACCAUGGGUCCUUGGACGAGGACCAUCUCGGAGCGGUAUGGUGUAGUAAAGUGGAAUUUUGUUGGCCAAGGAGAGAAGCAGCUCUCCCUCGAGGUAGGAGAUAUGGUCCACAUCCAGGAGGUCUGUGAUGGAUGGUAUCGAGGCUACUUGGCUAGGAACAAAGCCCAACAGGGAGUGUUCCCUGCCAGUUUUGUCCACCUUAAGGAAGUCAUCAUUGAAAAACGAGGAGAUGAGGAGUUAGUGAUCUCUGGAGAGAUGCCCUUGGUGAAGGAGGUGACCACCACACUGAGGGAAUGGGGAAGCAUAUGGAAGCAGCUUUUUGUGGCCAAUAAACAGGCGCGUGUGAAGCAGGUCCAGAGACUGAUGUGUGAGCUAAUGGAGUGGCGUUCCCAGCUCCUGUCUGGCACUCUGCCUAGUGACGAAUUCAAGGAACUUAAGCAGAAAGUCACCUCCAAGAUUGACUACGGCAACAAGAUCCUGGAGUUGGACCAGGUGGUUCGGGACGAGGAUGGGAACAUCUUGGAACCGGAGCGGGCUAGUGUCAUUAGUCUGUUUCGGGCCCACGAGGAGGCCACGGCCAAGAUCAACGAACGCAUCAAAGAGGAGCAGUCCAACAUCCAGACAGACCACAGCGGGAUCUCAGCACGGAUACAGUCUUCCCCCACCCACAGCCUCUACGUCUUUGUCAGGAACUUUGUCUGUCGCAUUGGAGAGGACUCAGAGCUCUUCAUGUCCCUCUAUGACCCCAUCAAACAGAGCAUCAUCAGUGAGAACUACUUGGUACGCUGGGGCAGCAAAGGAUUUCCCAAGGAGAUUGACAUGCUCAACAACCUGAAGGUUGUCUUUACAGACCUGGGGAACAAGGACCUGAGCAGAGAAAAGAUUUAUUUGAUCUGUCAGAUAGUCAGAGUUGGCAGGAUGGACCUGAAAGAGACGCAGACCAAGAAGUGGACUAUGGGCCUGAGACGGCCGUUUGGGGUGGCAGUGAUGGACAUUAGUGAUCUCAUCAAAGGGAAGAUCGAAUGCGAUGAGGAGAAGCAGUAUUUCAUCCCCUUCUUCCCGGUUGUGGCUGAGAACGACUUCCUCCACUCCUUGCUGAACAAAGUGACAGCAUCACGAGGGGACAGUGGUGGCCAAGGUCUGUGGGUGACCAUGAAGGCUCUGGUAGGGGACAUAGUUCAGAUCCGGAAGGAAUACCCUCACCUGGUGGACCGCAGCACUGUGGUGGCCCGCAAGCUGGGCUUCCCAGAGAUCAUUAUGCCGGGAGAUGUUCGCAAUGACAUCUACCUGACCUUAGUGGGCGGCGACUUCGACAAAUAUAAUAAGACAACGCAGAAAAACGUGGAGGUCAUUAUGUGGGUCUGUGAUGAGGAGGGCAAGGUCAUACAGAACUCCAUCUGUCUGGGAGCAGGGGAUAAAGCGGUCAGUGAGUACAGAUCCGUCAUCUACUACCAAGUCAAACAGCCCCGCUGGGUGGAGACAAUUAAGGUGGCAGUCCCUCUGGAAGAAAUGCACAGAAUUCAUUUACGCUUCAUGUUCAGACACCGCUCUUCCCAGGAGUCCAAGGACAAGAGCGAGAAGAACUUUGCCAUGGCCUUUGUGCGUCUGAUGAAGGAGGAUGGGACAGUUCUACAAGAUGGGCAGCAUGACCUUGUGGUCUUCAAGGGUGACAGUAAGCGCAUGGAGGACGUGAACUGCUACUUGUCAUUGCCCUCGACACGCCACCACCAUGGUGACCCCCACAAGACGUCGGGGCUGAGCCGCAGCUCCAGCAACGUGUCUGGGAGUGGAGGAGGUCUGUCAGUCAGCUCUAGAGACAGCUUCAUCAUCUCUACCCUGGUCUGCUCCACCAAACUCACCCAGAAUGCUGUACGAAGGGAAGGAGCAGGCAGACUUUGAGGAGUCACUGAGGAGGCUAUUUGAGUCCAUCAACAGCCUGAUGAGAACAGACUACACCACCACUCUGCUGCUCAGGGUCGCUGCUCUGAAGUACCUGCCAACAGUCCUGCAUGAUGUUGAGAAAGUGUUUGAUGCCAAACUCCUCAGUCAGUUGCUGCAUGACUUUUAUUCCUGCAUCCCCCCUGAGACACUCCAGAAGCAGAAGGUGGCCUCCAUGACUGAAAUUGUCAGCAGCCAAAUCUUCCAGAAAAAAGAGUGCCGUGAUGUGUUGUUACCCAUGAUGCUGCGGGAGCUGAGCGUGGCACUGGUCAGUAUGGCUGAUGGCCCUCAUGAUGAGAGGAGAAAUAGUCUGGAGCUGCUCAACAACAUUCUGGAGGUCCUCAGCAGGGACAAUGUGGGGGAAACAUUUCAACAUAUCCAGGACAUUGUGGUGUCUCUCCUGAGGAUCAUCAUCCGGACAGUCAUCACAAUGGGUCGAGAGCAUGCCCUAAUUUCCAGGGUGGUAGCCUGCAUGACAGCUAUCCUCAGUCAGAUGGAUGAUCGUCACUAUGCUACAUACAUAGAAACCUUCAGUGGAACCUCAGAUCUAGUGGACUUCCUGAUGGAGUCCUUCCUGCUUUUCAAGGACCUGAUUGGGAAACAUGUGUAUCCCUCUGACUGGAUGGCCAUGAUCAUGGUACAGAACAGAGUGUUCCUGAGAGCCAUCAAUACCUAUGCAGACACUAUGAACCAAAAGUUCCUCAAUAACGAUGACUUUGAAGUACAGUUGUGGAAUAACUAUUUCCACUUGGCGGUGGCGUUUAUUACCCAGGAGUCUCUGCAGCUUCAGCAUUUCUCGCCAACCAAGAGGAACAAGAUUCUGGCCAAAUAUGGAGACAUGAGACGGCUCAUUGGCUUUGCUAUACGUGAUAUCUGGUACAAACUAGGCAGUCACAAGAUCUGCUUCAUCCCCGGCAUGGUGGGUCCCAUUCUGGAGAUGACUUUGAUCCCGGAGGAGGAGUUGAGAAGGGCCACCAUUCCCAUUUUCUUUGACAUGAUCACUUGUGAAAAUGCACACUCUGGAAAUUUCCACAAGUUUGAGAAUGAGAUCAUUCUGAAGUUGGACCACGAGGUGGAGGGUGGAGGAGGAGACGAGCGAUACAUGCAGCUACUGGAGACCAUCCUGCUGGACUGCGCUGCCGAGAAACCCACACUGAAAACACAUGUGCAGCACUUUGUUGCCUUGGUGAAGGGACUCCUCAUCCGUCUCCUUGACUACCGCACCGUGAUGAGCGAUGACAGCCGCAACAACCGCAUGAGCUGCACUGUCAAUCUGCUGAACUUUUACAAGGACAUCAAUCGUGAAGGGAUGUAUAUCAGGUACCUUUACAAGUUGAGGGACCUUCACCUGGAGGGUGAAAACUACACCGAGGCAGCAUACACGCUGCUGCUCCACUCUCGCCUGCUCAAGUGGUCAGAUGAGAUGUGUAGCCCCCAGUUUGAGUCCCAUGGCUCCCAAACCCAACGGCAGCUCAAGGAAACGCUCUACGACACCAUCAUUGACUACUUCGACAAGGGCAAGAUGUGGGAAGAGGCCAUCACUCUGUGUAAGGAACUAGCUGAUCAGUACGAAAACGAGAUCUUUGAAUACGAAUUACUCAGCAAGAGACUGGAAAAACAAGCCAAGUUCUAUGAGAACAUUAUGAAGAUCCUGAGGCCAAAGCCGGACUACUUUGCAGUGGGCUACUAUGGACAGGGCUACCCUCCAUUCCUCAGGAACAAGGUGUUUAUCCACCGUGGCAAGGAGUAUGAACGCAGAGAGGACUUUCAGAACCAGCUCAUGAGCCAGUUCCCCAGCGCUGUGCGCCUCAACACCACCACCAUUCCAGGAGACGAUAUCAGGAACUCUCCACUUCAGUAUAUUCAGUGUUUCACAGUGCAGCCAGUCCUCGAGAUUCCUCUUCGCCUGAAGAACAAACCUGUUCCGGACCAGAUUAUCAACUUCUACAAGUCCAACUACGUGCAGCGUUUUCACUAUUCCAGACCUGUGAGGAAAGGACCUGUGGACCCCAACAAUGAGUUUGCUUCUAUGUGGAUUGAACGCACAACCUUCACCACUGUGUAUAAGCUACCAGGGAUCCUGCGCUGGUUUGAGGCUACUGACAUGAAACAUACCACCUUGUCUCCAUUGGAGAACGCCAUAGAGACCAUGGAGUCCACCAAUGAGAAGAUUCUGACCAUGAUUAACCAAUACCAGGCAGACUGGACCCUUCCCAUCAACCCCCUCUCAAUGCUGCUCAACGGCAUUGUGGACCCAGCUGUCAUGGGUGGCUUUGCCAAGUAUGAAAAGGCAUUCUUUACCGAGGAGUACAAUCAGCAGCACCCAGAAGACAAAGAUAAACUGCUGCGCCUCAAAGACCUCAUCGCAUGGCAGAUCCCAUUACUAGGUGGAGGGAUCUCUCUCCAUGGGAAGAGAGUGACAGAUGACCUGCGUCCUUUCCACGAGCGCAUGGAGGAGUGUUUCAAACAGCUGAGGAAGAAAGUAGAGAAGGAGUACGGAGUGAGAGAGCUGCCGGACAUGGAUGAAAGGAAGUCUACUCGUCCUCGCUCUAUGCUGCGCUCAAUUCGUCAAUCCAUCAUCUCGAUCUCCUCACUGCAGGGAUCUGAAUGUGGGACUCCAACCAAGCUUUAUGCAGACAGGGAUGUCCCCCCUGAGUCUCCGACCGCCUGGACCCUUCAGCGCUCAAGCGGCAGCGUGAGUGUGAAUACAGUGGAGGAAGGUGGAGUGGUGACAGUGGGUGAUGCAGAGGUCAAACUGAGGAAGAGUAAGAAGAAGAAGAAGAGGAGCAGCAUGAUCUUCAUCACAGAGGAAAGAGAAAGGACGAAUACACUGGACUGCAAACGGCUGUCCAAGAAACAAGAGUUCCGCAGUGACACCAACUUGGCUGAGCCAAAUGAAGGAAAUGUGUCAUUGACCAAUGCCAACUCUAGAUCUCUGCCUGCCAUCACAGGUCUGUCCUUGGCAGUGGUGGGGGGCACAGAGGAGGUAGACUCCCCCAGAAUCAGGAGGGACAGCAAGAGCAUGUCUGUCUGUGGGACCUCUGACCGGACAGCAGACAGACGCUCAAGGGGCGUCAUUAACCUCAUCUUCAAGUCCAAGAGCUCCAAAUCAGAGGAUGCGAAGUCCAGUGAUCCAGCCAAAGACAGUGCCAAUCAUUUCUGAAAUCCUUCAUAUUCAUUUCCUGUUUCGUUACUUAUUUUUGUGCAUUUAUUUUACAAAGAAGUUCACAUCAGCCAGCAAGAAAAAACAAAUUAUGCGUUCAUUCUCUCAUUCAGUCUGCCUGUCAGUCUUAGUAUUGCUGUUGCCUUAAUAUAAUUGAUUUUACCUAUCAAUAAAGGCUAUUUUUGUGCCAUGACCUUUUUCCUAGUAAUUCAAAUGAUUCCCAGUGAAGCUAAAUGCCAUCUUGCAGCUUUUCAAUCAAUUCUGCUUCUACAAGAACGAGCAAACACAAAUCAUCCCGCUGACGUGCUUGAUUAAAAAGCUUCUUAUUAUACAGUUUUCAGCAUUGUUUUGACUGAAGUUAAUGGAAAAAUAAUAAUUUGAUAAAGCACAAAGGUUACCGUGUCCUCCCAAAGGACUUCAAACAGGAACACGAUGCCAAAAAGCUUUGGCACUGAUACAACAAACAAGAAAGUCUAAUAAAUUCAAAUAUAAUCGGGGGCAACAAACUGUGGAGCGUAGUGUACAAAUACUACAGCAUUUGUUGAAUGCACACAGUGUUUAGACAAAACUGUUAAGUAUGUUCUUCCAAUCUGACUCCUGCUAUAUAUUGUAUAUAUUGUGCAUGAUGGUUGUUCCACCAUUAGCUUUACUUUUUCUUAAAUAGAUUGACAUUUUGGAAAAAAAACUGAUGCCACUUUCACAUCUGUAUGCUAAAUAUGAAGCUACAGCCAGGAUUAUCUUAACUCAGCAUUAGGAUUGGAAGCAAGAGGAAACAGCCCUGCUCUCUCCGAAGGUAACAAAAUCCACCUACCACAACCAGAAGCUCACUAAUUAGCACGUUGUAUCUUGUUUGUUUCAUCUGUAAAGAAAUCGAUAUGUAAAAAGGACAAGUUGUGGUUUUAUGAAAGGGUUCUGCUAUGUGGAGAAAGUCAAUACUCUGUGAUAAAUAGUUCCAGCACGUAACCUCACUGUGAAACCUUCUUUUUAAAUGUUGGUUUUGGUACAAAUUAAACAGGAUAUAACGAGUUAAUGACCAACCUUUAAAGGUGUUAGAGCCAAGAUAGCUGCUUCUCCCUGCUUCCAUUCUUUAUGCUAAACUAAGCUAAUAAAUCGCCUUCUGGCUCUAGCUUCAUACAGUAUGUAACCCACAGACAUGAGAAUAGUAUUGAUCUUUUUAUCCAUAUCUUGGGUUAACAUAAACAUAAAAAACAUCAACCCAUGUAUUGGUAAAAGUUUCUAAAAAACAACUUGAGAAAUGAGACUCAUGAGUAAAGAAAGAAAAAGGUAAAGAAAUGAACAUACAUCUGUAUUUACAGUCAAUUUGUGAUCAUAAUUUUGUAGUUAGAUAAUUAGUAAUUAGUAACUGGCAGAAUAGUAGUAAUUAGUAAUUAGUAAGUCAAGGACAAAAUUCACAAUAUGUCCAUAUAGAUUUUAGGCUAAGUAAGUAUGAUGUAUGAAGUAUGAAGAUAUAUGAUAUGAUACCAUAGACAUUUUUGCCGUCACCACAAAAUACUUGCUGUGAGGUACUUCCCAAAGUUAUAGAAGACUGUGAUUUACAGUCGAUGUUGAUAUUGUUGGAUACAAGGCUGUUGGUUCCCCAAAGAAUCUGUUCUUUGAUCGCUGAGUUACAGGGAGUGUGAAUAAUGAAAGAACAAGCCAGGAUGGACAGGUCUACAAGGACAGUGUCUAUCCCUGGAUCUGAGGGACUCUUACAGCCAGAGGAAAAAACAAACUCAGAGGGCGGUGAGCUGAUUUCCUCUUCUCUCCUGUAGCAGAAGAAAGAAUUUGAAGAGGAGAAACAUUGCAGGCUUCAAGCCAGUGUGGAGCUUUAUUUUAUGACUUCUGUUGUCUCUCACUCAGUGUGUUAGUGAUUCCCCUAGAUACAAUCUUGCAAGUCCAUCCUGGCUUAUUCCGAAUCUAUCAAACUAAACCCUUCAGAGUCCCGACAGAUAUUGAGGAAGUGAGGUGGGCAGGAAAUUAGUUUAAGUCUUACUUUCUUCAUUGACUUUAGUGACAUUUUAAUAAAGAUAUUAAGAUAAAUUGUUAAAAGUGCAGAAAGGCUGAUGCAUAUGAUGAAUCUGAAUUAGUAGCCAGUGCAGUCAGAGGGAGUUAAUGUAUCACCUGCAUUGGUAAAAGGUCAUUAUGUUAGAAAAUAUAAUUUAGAAUGAGGCUUUUUUAAUGAGUCGUAGAUGUGGAUGAAUAUCUCACAUUUGCCCAGUGGUGGUUUUAUGUCCUCAUGGUUCUCUCUCUGUGCUCUGUACUGAAGGAGUCAGAGGGUGAUUGAGAACAAUGGAGACAUUUCUCCUCUCCGUUAUUAAUACUGCCAUUAUCUGGUGACACAUUGACCACCAGGUUUCUCCACAGCCAAUUUAAAGUUGCAGACUAGCCUUCUAAAACUCAUGCAAAGUUCUGUGCUGCAAUGCUUCAGUCUGGAGUGUGGAUUCUCUGAUUAAACCAUAGCUCUGUGACCACAGGCUGAUUUCAGCCCAUAGAUAUCUAUCUAACUCUUGCAAAAAAAUAAAAUAAGAGGAUGGAUUGAGUUGAAGUGAGAUGAUAUGCUGUUUAUUCUCACAGGGAAAGAAGUAGCUGCAUCACUUGACUGACCAACAGAUUCAUUCCCAUCUAAAACACCAAGACUGCCUUGGAAAGUGUGUAAAAUUUACCAAAAUACUGAUCGAUAAA